UCCGGCAUUGCUCUCGGGAAGAGACCGAUAUGUCCACCUCGCGCCGGUCCGCUAUCCAUGGGAGGUUUGGGUAUGGGCUCCAGAGCGUUCUCAUGGAAUCCUUUCGGCUCAGUCGGCAGUACAAAUCCAGUCGAGCCGGUAGCGAGCGUUCCCCAGCAUGACCCUAUACUGUCGCGCCCCCAUCCCGAUCUUCAGCCGGCGGUCUCUACUGCGCCCACCUCCUCCGCCUCAUCCCUCCCAUCCACAGCUCUACCCGCGGAUGCGACUCCCGUCACAUCCAGCACCUCAUCAUCCAUCGCACCCCAGAUCGACUCACUGCCAAGCGCGGUCACGACGGAUCCCGGACUCUUGCCCCAGGCACCAGCGCUCCCAUCUGUGCCAACGCUGGAGGAGCUGGUGACAAACUCGGGAAUGUCGCUGUCGGAGGUGCUUCACUCUCCAGAGGCAGUGCACGCGGCAAUGAAGGUGUCAGAUCUGAGUCUGCUCGGAUUGGAACAUGGAUAUCUUAAUAUCGCUGGAUGGGUACGGGAUGCGUUGGUCGCUGGUCACACUCUGACCGGCUUGCCAUGGUGGAGCACCAUCGCUGUUGUUGCCGUCUCCUUCCGUCUUUGCCUCCUCCCCCUCAUCGUCCGCCUGACCGCUCACAACGUCCGUCUCGCCGCGGUCCAACCGCAGAUGACGGCUCUCUUCACCCGCCUCAACGCCGCCAAGGCAGCGGCCGACCCUCAGGCGCAGCAGGUCGUCCUCGGCACACUCCAAAAGUUGAUGAAGGAGAACAACGUCUCGCCAUUCCGACCCCUCCUCAUGCCGCUUAUUCAGAUGCCAUUCUUCCUCGCCUUCUUCUACUCGCUGAGAAAGCUGGCGGACCUGCCGCUGCCGCAGCUGAAGGAUGGUGGAUUCGGCUGGGUAUCGGACUUGACGGUACCGGAUCCAUACUUCAUCCUGCCGAUCACCAGUAUGAUCUUCACCAAUCUCGUUCUUAGGGUCGGCGCAGACGGUACGGCUUCCAUGAACUCCAACCCCAACAUGGGCCACUUCAAGAACGCUCUGACAGUCAUGUCGGUCGUUGCCAUCCCGUUCAUUGGCAAGAUGCCCGCUGCGGUACUCUUUUACUGGACCUUCACCAACCUGUACUCCCUCUUCCAAGCCGUUCUCCUUCGCCAACCCUUCGUCAAGUCCCUCCUCCGCAUCCCCUCUCCCCCACCCGCACCGCCUCUCCCCGCCGGUACGGCAGAGCCAAAACAGCCGAGCUAUGCCGAGACAUGGAAGGCGCUCCGCGAGACCUUGUCUACCAAGGGCGCAGCAUGGCAGGAGGCCAAGGCGAAACAUCAGGCGUCACUGGAUGUGAAGGAGCGGGAAAGUGGGAUGAGGGAAGGGAGUGCGUUGAUGGUGGAGCGAGUCAGGGAGAAGUCGGCGCCAGGUGUCAGCACACCGACGGUACCUGCGCCUUCGGUGAGCUGGCAGGAGACGGCGGGGUCGGAGAGGAGCGGGAAGGAGGAAGCGAAAGCGCGGAGAGUAGCGGCAGCGAGGGAGAAGAGAAUGAGGCAGUGA